CGCGGUAGGCUUCGCGCGUCAGCAGUCGGUCCGAGCAGUCAGUCAGUCUGCAGUUUGUCAGUCAGUCAGUCUGUCAGAAUGUGUGUCAGUGUGAGGAUUACAGUCCUGUUUCUCGUGGUUUCCGCAGCCCUCGCCGGCCCUGCGGGAGAUGGCAGACGAACUCCUAAACUUAAAGAUGAAGGGGAUCUCAUGGCCGAAUCGUCGGAAAUCAUAGCAGAAACAGUCGUCCCACCACCCAACCUGCACAGGACAGACACCGGGAAGGAUCUAGAAGCGGCGGCCGACAGCCCCGACCACUCUAUAGAGGUCGUCGGCGACUCGCAGACCUUCUUCCCCUCCUUCGCCAACCUGUUCGAGCCGAGGCAGAACUUCCGCUUCGGCAACCAAGAAGCAGCUUACAGCCAACGACCCAACUCCUACCGAUCUCUCCUAAACUACCCUCUCUUUGGAAAUUACAGGGGAUUCGAGGGAUUCGCGAAACAGAGCAGUCCCCCCCCUCCGGCCGAGCCGAUAGUCGACGCUAGCAGCGUCCUCGGCUCGGGCAACUUCGGCAUCAUUCGGGGAGGCACGUUCUUCGCGCAAAACGACGAAGACUUCGACGAGGGCUUCAGCUCGUACUACAACAACGGCCACGGCCGGCCGUCGAACAACGUCAACUACAUCGCCAACCCGAGACCCAACUACAAUCAAGACCAGUUCGCUAACUUCAGGGAUUUCGCUGACAUCAACGCCCCGUCUGGCUCCGCAUACUCCCACUUCGUCGUAGUCUACGCCAACAAGAACGCGACUUUAGACGAGGUCAGCGAGGAGAGCAGACGAGUUGCGACGAGACCGAAAAACAUUAUCGAGACCUUGGAGCAGUUGGACGUCCCGCCGCCCAAAAAGUCGAAGUCGAAAGCCAAGUUGGAAGCGCUGAAGAAAAAGACGCAGACAAAAAAAGACCAGUGGAAGAAGAACAACUCGAAAUACGUCAGCCAAAAACACGACAUCGAGGAACCUUUACUAGCACUAAGUUAAAGCUCCGAAAAGACUUGCCUAAUGUAAGUUAAGUGUAACAGUGAUAGUAUAGUGAAGGCCACGGUUCAGAAAGUGGUGGAAAGAAGAUUUUGUGGCAACAGACAGAUGUUCAUUUUGUAUAUUAUUAAAUAGACAGUAGAAUAAGAGUAUGUCUAUAAAAUAAAAUGUGAAUAAACCACUACAGAGUGCAAAACACCACUGGUGCGUCAGCAAUUUAUUUAUAUUGAACGAACUGUUUCUUAUAAUCGAUUAUAGUGUUAAUGUCUGUAAAACGCUAAAAAAUUUAUAGAGGCUAGAGCGUGCAGACAAAACACUAUUAUAAAAUAGGUUAGAAUUACAACUUUUAGAUUUUCUUCGCAUAAUAUUUCUUUUCUCGACUGUUAAUGAACUUUAAAAUACUUACAAUCUUUAAAGUAGUGAAUCAAAUUGUGUAUUUAACGAACAACAUUUUAAAAUUACUCACUAUAGUAACUCAAAAACGUAUUAGUCAAGUAAGUUCUUUUGUAAAAAUUAUUUUCCAUUUUUAUACAUUUUUAAUAAAUUGUAUAAAAAUGGAAAAUAACCAUUCUUUACUAACAGUUACUGGUCACGUUAGAACAUCCUAUUAGACUUUAAACCAGUAAUUUUUGUGGCCUUUGGUCUGAUUAAUAGGCAAUUAAAUCUGUGGAGUCUAUCAUUAUGUUACCAUUAACUAGACUCUUUAUACAAGAUAAUAAGAUAAUCAGAGAAGUUGAUGCACAGGUUGAUGGCGGACCUAUGUAAUUUGGACGCGUUUGGUCAAACCUUGCCGACAGAUCACGAAUUACAUUGAAUUGACAUAAUCCGACCAAAUGAUGUAGGUCUGUCAACUGCCUAUGAAUCAAUUUCUUCGAUGGUAAUAGUAUACACCUCUUUUUCUCGAGUUUAUUCUAUUUUGUGAAUGAUAUUCAGAAUUUUUGAAUAUCAUUCAUCGAAUAAUUUCUUGCCAUUUUCAUUAUUAUUAGUAACAGAGACUGUAUUUUAUUUUGUAUUUAUACACAUUUCCGCACUAGACUUAAAUUUUGCUGCCAAUAAAAAGGGAUCGAUUUUAAACCCUUAAAAAUAUUUUGUGGUCUUACUGAAUUUUAAAAUUGUAAGUAAAUAGCUAGUAAUAUUAUGACGUGAUAUAAGCUGUCUUGACUCUCGAUUAAUAGGAAUUGAAUGAAAGUUGUGUAUUUUUUGUAAGUGCUGUUGAUUGUCGUAUUGUGAUUUGUGAAUGAAAAAUAAAUUAAUUUGUUGAAAA